CUGACAAGUUCUUGGAGGCCAAUUGUUGACAUCCCGAGGGCAGAUAAGCCGAUAAGCCUUGUUUCUGCCAAAGAGUUCACCGCCUUCCAGAAUUAAGCUGUGCUUUUGUACUUUCGUACUUAGCCUCGGCCCAAUUCAGCUGCAACACUGGAGAACCGAGUGUUCGGGAUGCGGGGAAAGAAAGCCGAGGAACAGAACAGUCUCAUGCUCACAUAGAAACGACGUCAAAAGCCUCACAAUUUGAUAAUCCAGCGUGCAAUAUUCACUACAACUUUCGUUUUACAUUUUCAGACUUUACAAUGGCUGGCGUAGUGAGGCAACCCAUUGACGUCAAGUCGCUGGAAACAUAUAUCUCCAAAAAUGUACCGCGGAUAAAGCUGCCCAUCGAUAUCAAACAGUUCGGCUUCGGGCAAUCCAACCCAACAUACCAACUCACCGGCAGCGAUGGCACCAAAUACGUGAUGCGCAAGAAACCCCCAGGAAAGCUCGUCUCCAAGACCGCCCACCAAGUCGAGCGCGAGUACAGGGUCAUCCACGCCCUAGAAAAGACAGACGUCCCAGUACCCAUGGCAUACUGCUUAUGUGAGGAUGUGGACGUGGUCGGUACGGCGUUUUAUAUCAUGGAGUUUUUGGAUGGGAGGAUUAUUGAGGACCCUACAAUGCCGGAUGUUAGUCCAGAGGAAAGGACCGAGAUGUGGCACGACGCCGUCCGCACGCUCGCCAAACUCCACAACGUAAAGCCAUCUUCCGUCGGACUCUCAGACUUCGGCAGGCCCUCUGGUUUCUAUGAUCGCCAAAUCAAAACAUUUGGCACAAUCAGCAAAGCUCAAGCAGAGGCCGUGGAUGUUGAUACAAAAGAGGCGGUGGGACAGAUCCCGCAUGUUGAGGAAAUGCUUGAGUUUUUCAGCAAUAAGAAAUUCCAGCCGAAAGAUCGAGGAACUCCUAUCCACGGUGAUUACAAGAUCGAUAAUUUGGUAUUUCAUAAGACUGAGCCGAGAGUUAUUGGAAUUCUGGACUGGGAAAUGUCCACAAUCGGCCACCCCCUCUCCGACCUCCUCAACCUCCUAAUGCCCUACUACCUAGUCGACGCUCCCAACCUCCGCAACCUGCCCUCCUUCCGCGAAGGCGCCACGCCUGGCCUACCCACACGGGACCAAGUCGUAAAAUGGUACGGCGAGGUCGCAGGCUGGGAUCCAAGUCCGGAUCUGAAUUGGGGGACGGCGUUUGGUUUCUUUAGAGCGUCGUGUAUUUAUCAGGGGAUUGCGGCGAGGUGGGCGGUUAGGCAGGCGAGUAGUGCGAAGGCGAAGGAUAAUGCGCUGGCGAGGCAUCCAAUGAGUGAGUUGGCUUGGGAGCAUGUUAAGAGGGCGAGGGAGCAGGUGAGGGGGAAGGCGAACUUGUAGGUGUAGGAAUAGGUCUAGAAAAGACUGGGGAUUGUGUCUGGCAUA